AUGCUCUUCCCAGCUGCAGUCCUUGCUGCUACGGCGUCUUCCUGCACCCCCACGGCCGGAGGCAGCAGCUCCACGGACGAUGUGGCGGCCAUCGAGUCAGCCAUCGCCGACUGCCCCUCCGGAACGAUCGUGAUCCCAGCCAGCACAACCUACUACGUCAACUCGGAGCUCUCCUUCGACGGCUGCGCGGGCUGCACCUUCGAGGUCGAAGGAACCCUGUUGGUCUCGGACGACACGGACUACUGGAACGGCAAGACAGCCGUGUUUCUGGCGCAGGACAUCGACGGGCUGACCGUCACGUCCACGAGCGGCGACGGCGUCUUUGACGGCAACGGCCAGGCCUCGUGGGACCUCUUUGCCGAGGACAGCUCGUACGCCCGCCCGACGCUCUUCUACGUCGAUGGCAGCACCAACGUCGCCAUCUCGAACCUGCUGUUCAAGAACGCGCCCAACGUCUUCCACUCCUCAACCGGCGGCUCCAGCAACGUGGUGUACACCGACAUCACGCUCUCGGCCAUUAGUACUAGCGACAAUGAGCCCAAGAAUACCGACGGCUGGGACAUUGGUCAGUCGACCUACGUGACCAUCAACGGCGCGUCUGUUCUGAACGACGAUGACUGCGUCGCCUUCAAGCCUGGUGCGAGCUACGUCGAGGUCUACGACAUCACCUGCAACGGGAGCCACGGCAUCAGCGUCGGCAGCCUGGGGUCUUCGGCCGGCACCACAGACACCGUCGAGAACAUCUACGUCAGCGGAGCGACCAUGAUCUCGUCGACCAAGGCAGCGGGCCUGAAGCUGUACCCUGGUGGAGACGACUACGGCUCUGCCGUGGUCUCGAACGUGACUUUCGAGGACUUUGUGAUCGACAGCUCCGACUACGCCUUCCAGGUGCAGAGCUGCUACGAUGGCGAUGCGGACUACUGCGCCGAGUACCCGAGUACCGCUCAGAUCACCGACCUGGUAGUCAAGGGCUUCUCCGGCACGACGAGCACUGCCUACUCGCCCGUCAUUGCCAACAUCGACUGCCCCGCUGAUGGGACUUGUGGCAUCACCAUGUCUGACAUGACGGUAGAGGCGCCCAGCGGAACAACUGAGUACCUGUGCGCCAACACGCCCAGUGAUCUUGGUGUGACUUGCACUGACGGUGCGAGCGGUUGA